CCUCCCACUGCAAGCACGUCAUCAGUGAAGCUCCUCCCACUGCAAUCACAUCAUCAGUGAAGCUCCUCCCACAGUAAUUCUCCAAUAAAUGCUGUAAAUUCCCAUCAGCUACAAGUGAAGACGAGCAUUAAAGCUUCAGGAAGAGCUGAAAUCUGCCAAGACUGAGUUUAUUAAAGAGGACAGUGAGAACACGAGUGAUCCAGAACCUGCAGAAUGAAACACACUGAAGAUCCUGAAGAACAAAGAGACCUGAUGGAAGAAAGUGAGGCGAGAGAAGAACUGAGUGAAGUGGAGGAGAAGAGAGAAGAACUGAGUGAAGUGGAGGAGGAGAGAGAAGAACUGAGUGAAGUGGAGGAGAAGAGAGAAGAACUGAGUGAAGUGGAGGAGGAGAGAGAAGAACUGAGUGAAGUGGAGGAGAAGAGAGAAGAACUGAGUGAAGUGGAGGAGGAGAGAGAAGAACUGAGUGAAGUGGAGGAGGAGAGAGAAGAACUGAGUGAAGUGAAGGAGGAGAGAGAAGAACUGAGUGAAGUGAAGGAGGAGAGAGAAGAACUGAGUGAAGUGGAGGAGGAGAGAGAAGAACUGAGUGAAGUGAAGGAGGAGAGAGAAGAACUGAGUGAAGUGAAGGAGGAGAGAGAAGAACUGAGUGAAGUGAAGGAGGAGAGAGAAGAACUGAGUGAAGUGAAGGAGGAGAGAGAAGAACUGAGUGAAGUGAAGGAGGAGAGAGAAGAACUGAGUGAAGUGGAGGAGGAGAGAGAAGAACUGAGUGAAGUGGAGGAGGAGAGAGAAGAACUGAGUGAAGUGGAGGAGGAGAGAGAAGAACUGAGUGAAGUGAAGGAGGAGAGAGAAGAACUGAGUGAAGUGGAGGAGGAGAGAGAAGAACUGAGUGAAGUGAAGGAGGAGAGAGAAGAACUGAGUGAAGUGGAGGAGGAACAUCAUGUCAAACCUGGAGGAAAACCCUUGAGUCGCUCAAAGACUAAAAAGAAAUUUUUAAAGAAAAGACGAGCCAAGAAAUCUUUCACCUGCACUCAGUGUGGAAACAGUUUCAGAAGCAAAGCUAGUCUUGAUGUUCACAUGAGGAUCCACACUGGAGAGAAGCCGUUCACAUGUGAUCAGUGCGGCAAGAGAUUCAGUCGAUCUUCACACCUUAAUGAUCACAUGAGGAUCCACACAGGAGAGAAGCCGUUCACAUGUGAUCAGUGUGGACAGACAUUUCUCUGUGCAUCAAACCUGAAGAGACACCUGACAGUUCAUACGAAGGAGAAGCCGCAUUCAUGUUCUGUGUGUGGAAAGAGUUUUUCACGGCUGCAAUAUUUACAUAUACAUGAGAAAAUUCACACUGGUGUGAGAGAGUAUGUGUGCUUUGAGUGUGAGAAGACCUUUACUACAGCGGACAAUUUAAAACAGCACCAGAUAAUUCACACUGGUGUUAGAGACUACAUGUGCUUUGAGUGUGAGAAGACUUUUACUACAGCAAGACAUUUAAAACGGCACCAGAGAAAUCACACUGGAGAAAAACCUUACAAGUGUUCACACUGUGAUGAGAGAUUCAGUCUGUCAUCAUCUCUGAAAACACAUGAGAGGAUCCACACUGGAGAACAACCUUACAAGUGUUCACACUGUGACAAGAGAUUCUGUCUGUCAUCAUCUCUGAAAAAACAUGAGAGGAUUCACACUGGAGAAAAACCUCACAAGUGUUCACACUGUGACAAGAGAUUCAGUCAAUCAGCAAAUCUGAAAACACAUGAGAGGAUCCACACUGGAGAAAAACCUUACAAGUGUUCACACUGUGACAAGAGAUUCAGUCAAUCAGCAAAUCUGAGAUCACAUGAGAGGAUCCACAGCAGAGAGAAGCCACACACGUGUGAUCAGUGCGGGAAGAGUUUCUCUAUUAAAAGUCACCUGAAGCUACACAUGAAGAUCCAUACAGUGGAGAAACCACUUAAACACAGUCUGAGAUCACGAUGAUAAGGAACAGACCACCACAGACACUAGAGAUCUUGUUCCUGUGGUACAGGAACAGCAGAGAGUUGAAGAUGCCAUGAGGAGGAACAGACCACCACAGACACUAGAGAUCUUGUUCCUGUGGGACAUGAACAGCAGAGAGUUGAAGAUGCCAUGAGGAGGAACAGACCACCACAGACACUAGAGAUCUUGUUUCUGUGGGACAUGAACAGCAGAGAGUUGAAGAUGCCAUGAGGAGGAACAGACCACCACAGACACUAGAGAUCUUGUUCCUGUGGGACAUGAACAGCAGAGAAGUGAAGAUGCCAUGAGGAGGAACAGA